AUGGCGCUGACAGAGAAGCUGCGCUGCCUCUGGACGCUGGGCCUGUGCCUGGUGGCCGGCAGGUCCCACGCCAGGGCCCCGGCCGCCGACCGCAGGUUCCGGGAGCGCUGCCUCGACGCUCACAACGCGCUGCGGGCCCGGGUGUUGCCACCCGCCGCCGACAUGAGGCGCUUGAGUUGGGACGAUGGUUUAGCGAAGACUGCUAAAGCGUGGGCAAACACGUGUAGAUUCGAACACAAUUCCUGUUUAUCAAAAUCAUAUGAAUGCCAUCCAACUUUUCAAUAUAUUGGAGAAAAUAUCUGGUUAGGUGGAUUAAGCAUAUUUUCACCAAAAUCCGCUGUUGAUGCUUGGUUUAAUGAAACUGAAUAUUAUGAUUAUGAUACCCUAUCAUGUACCAAAGUUUGUGGCCAUUAUACACAGGUAGUUUGGGCCAAUUCAUAUAAAGUUGGUUGUGCAGUGACAAUGUGUCCUAAACUUGGAGGAUAUGAAACUGUAAUAUUUGUAUGCAACUAUGGACCUGCAGGAAAUUAUCCGAAUAGGCCCCCUUACACUAGAGGAGUACCCUGCUCUUUGUGUACCGAAGAAGAAACUUGCACAAACAAUCUCUGCCUCUUUUGGUUCUCAGAACAGACUUUUUUAAAGUUUUAUUUAAUGAGGACUUUGUCCGUCAUGAGCUUCUCCACCCCAAGAUUCAAACAGUUAUCACCGCGGGUCUCCAAGGCCGUGUGCAAGCGGCAAAGGCUGCAAUAA